UGUUAGAUUUUCUUUUGAAGAGAUCUCAUCUUCCCCACAGGAACCAGAGGAAAGGUAAAAAACAAAAGUUACGUAACAGUGGAAAAAAAAAGGUGGACGGAAGAUGGCGUCGGCCGGAGCAGCGGGGCCGUUCUGGAGAGCGGCGGGGAUGACGUACGUGAGCUACUCGAACAAGUGCGCGAGCAUGGUGAGGAAUUGCCUCAAGGAGCCUCACCGGAGUGAAGCGCUGGAUCGGGAGAAGGUUCAUUUCUCCAUCUCCAAAUGGAUCGACGGAAAGCCCGAGAAACCUUUGAUUCGGGAGGGUACCGGCGGAGAUUGACUCGAGUUUAUUGGAAGAAUUUGAACUAGCAAUCGAAUUAAACAUUUUGUCUUCGUUUGAGAUGUUCACUUGCAAAUAAUUAUGUGAAAUGUUCUUUCAUUCAUUUACGUGUAGUUGCGUGUUUCUCGAUCGAUUGUGUUGGAGUUUUGUGAUUCUUUUGUUUUAUGAAAUUGAAUUUUUUGGUUCUAUAAACACUAGAUGAUCCA